AUGAAGCUCACUCUCAUCACCGCUCUCAUUGCCCCUGUCCUGGCUAUCAACAUCCCUAAGGAACUCCAGGAGCGCUCCGGCUGCGGCGAUAACUGUGCCCGAGCCGUUGUCCCUGGCUUCCGUGGCCCUGCCGUCGUUGCUUCUUACAAGGCUGAGUGUGAAGCUUAUCUCCAGGUCACUACUACUCCUGAUGCAAGCACUGUUUAUGUUACCAAGUCUAUUCCUACCUAUGCUAGUGCUUGCUCUGGAGAGCCUCGCUAUCUUACGGCUUGCUCGUGUGCCAGUGCCUCUGUUGUUACCGUUGCGGCGCCUACUCCCACCGUUACCAAGGUUGUCUUUGUUUAA